AAAUUGUUGGUAUUAUGUUUAGCUGUUAAUUUGGGGACAAUCGGUUCAAGAAAAGUUUAUUAAAAGUUGAAAACGACGAAAUAUAAUAACAAUUCUGUACAGGUUAAAACUUUUCAGAAAUGACCAUUGUCAAGUUGUUUCAAAUACAAUUUAGAGAUCGAUCCAGUGUGGGAGCCAACUCAGGUAGAUCAUACGCUAUGAUCUGUCAUCUGAAUCUAUGCUGUGUAUUGCAAGCAAAUGAAUUGCAGAAAUGUAACCAACGUUCUAUAUUUUAUUGCCUGUGUUGUCGCUCACUAAUAAGGUGGGGACAGCGACAUGACUCCUGGAGGAGGUGGUAAAAAAAAAUAUUUGCCCCAAAAUGGCGCCGGAGACCUGCCUGUCCACUGGAAAACAAUAGAAACAGCACACAGAGAAAGAGUUUCAACGGCGGGUUUUCCACGGAUACUUUUCUUCUUUUUGUGGACAUCGGUGGUCUGAUUCAGACUUGGGUCGUGGGUUAUCGACGUGGACUAAAUUGUUAAAGAAAUAACUCUGAAGCCUGGGCAUCAUGCUUUGUCUAAACGCUGUCAAGCUGGCUAUUUAGCUAGCCCGGCUAAAGUUAUAGAUAUCCGUAGCUUGCAGUGCAUCGAGCCCGCUUAGCUGUUUAGCUUGCCCGGCUAGCCAGUCAUACGGGGGUAGCGGUUGGCUAGCUAGGCUACUUAGCUUGCAGUGCAGCUUAGCCCCGCUAGCCAUUGAUACACAGGGGUUAGCGAUACGCUAGCUAGUGACUGAGCUAGCCAGUUGUAGCUACUUGGAAGGAGGAUCAGCUGUUUGCAGUAGAACAGAUGCCAUAGAAACGCCUGACCAGAACAUUUGAUCCACAGUAAGUCGCGCUACCAUGGAGAGAGUUAGAUAGAGUAUUAUCAGCUCGGUUGUGUUUGAAAAGUUGACAUUUGUUGUUUGUGUAUUUUUGGUAUUUCUCGGUUAGUUUUAACCCUGUCAAGUUUGUGAUUGGAAGGAGCCAAUCAGUCUCCCGAGCUAGGGCUGGCUAACAAACAAGCUAACUAGCCUGGCUUGAUGUUUUAGCUAAUACUAUAGCAAAACAUAAACUUUAGGACAAGGGUCCAUACAUGGGUCACUUGACACGAUUCUUUAUCGUGGACGAGUCGGUGGUAGAAUCGGGUCAAAUUAUAUGGUGUAGCUUAAAAGGACUGAACUUUGUCGAUAUGUAAAAGUUCGGACUUUUUCCACACUCAGUCCCAACUUUGGAUUUUUAAGUGGAGGAAUGUGUUAGCAUAAUAGGCUAGCCUUGCGCCCAUUGAUUGGGUGGAAUAAUGGAACUGUAUUAAAUAAGUGCAUUGGAAAGUGGACUGAAAUAUUGGCCUGGGUUAGAUUGUUUGGAUACCUGUACAUUUGAUCGGUUGUACUAUGUCUGCGGGAUUUAGAUGUUUGUUGAGGGGGGUUUUGUAAAAGGCUCUGGGGUUGCACGGUGUCUGCAAACGGCACUCCAGAGAAGGGCUAUAGCUGCUCCUCAUAUAAGUUAUAAAAAAUGUGAUUCAUAGUAAUUGAUAUGUCAAAACGGGAGCUGGAAUUGCUCUAGCGAUUUGCAUUUUCCUUCGUGGCUGGUAACUUCUCUCGUGACUAAAGGCCAUUAGCAAGACAAAGGUUUACUCUAUGAAGCCAGCAGAAGAUUCUUUGUAAAGGGCGAGGGGGUGUAGACGCCCAUACUGAAAAGAGGCAAAUUCAGCAUUUUAUGCACGAAUCCUGAGCCGGGAGUUUUCAACAAUCUGUAUUGAUGAUGUCGGAUUAUGUUGCACCGCGGCACAGCGCGGUGAUGGAGCGCUUACGCCGGCGAAUCGAGCUCUUUCGGCGGCACCACAACGGCUGCGAGAACCGCUAUGAGAACACGGCGCUGGAGAGACUGGAGCUGGAACGACAGCAGACGUUCGCCCUGCACCAGCGAUGCCUGCAGACCAAGGCCAAGCGAUCGAAUAAGCACAGGCAGCCCCCGCAAAGCAGUGAGCAGGCGGUACAGAGGGGGCCGGGGACCGUGGGCAGCAACUCCGACCUGGGGGACGGUGGAACGCCAGGGGAGCAAAGCAGGAAUAGCACACUAAUAGCGCUGCAGGAAACGGUGAAGAGGAAGCUGGAAAGUGCUAGCUCGCCGCUGGGACGAGAGCACGCCAACGGCUUCAGCGAGGGCUUCCCCCCCACCAAGAAGGCCUGCCUGGACAACGGCGCGGCCAACGGCAGCCUGGCGCCGCGCUCUCCCCUCGACUCCAAGCUCAGGAUAGCCGACUCGCUGGUUUCCAAUGGCAACCGCGUCACGGGCGGCGACCCCGGCGACGGCGCCCGGGCGGCGGACCUCCACCUCCACCACCACCACCACCACCACCAGCACCGCCACCACCACGACUUCCGCCUGAAGGAGAUGAAGCAGGAGCCGGACGACAUCCUGCCCUGCAUGCUGCCCUCGGGAGGGGGCGCCACCAACAGCCUCUUCCCCGACCUCAACCUCAACGAGCAGGAGUGGACGGAGCUGAUGGACGAGCUGAACCGCUCGGUGCCCUACGAGGACAUCCAGGACAUCCUCAACGACGGCUUCGAGGACCGGAAGGACGCGCCCGACCUGCCCCCGGCCCGGCCCGGCCCCGGGGCCGGCGGCUGCGCGGCGGGGUCCUCGGGGGCCCCCGGCCAGCAGAACCCCGUCCUCAUGCACCCCGACCUCGCCAGCGUCAAGGCCGAGUUCUCCCCGGCGUCGGCCGCCUUCGAGCAGGACGCCUGCACGGGGCCCCCCCACGCCAGGCCCACCUCGUCGGGCCCGCCCCCGCGCCCCACCAGCUCGCCCGUGGCCUCCUCCCCCGCCCUCCCCCAGCAGGCCCCCCCCAGCAGACAGCUCCUCCCCCCCGGGGCCCAGGUCCCCAAAGACCUCUCCCCCGCCCAGCAGCUCCAGCAGCUGGCCGCCCAGCAGCAGAGAGUCCAGCACCUCCAGAACCAACUCCAGCAGAAGCAGCAUCAGCAUCAACAGCAGCAUCAGCAGCAGCAUCAACAACAGCAACAACAACAGCAUCAACAACAACAACAACAACAGCAUCAACAACAGCAGCAGCAUCAACAGCAGCAGCAGCAGCCCAAGUUCCACCCCCACCCCCCCUCAUGGCCCCAGUCAGCCAACCCUUCCCAGAGCCCACUAGGGGGCGCCUUUGGUAUGGACAAGCCUAGUAGCCCCUCGCUGUACCCCAACGACUUCAUCCCCACCGCGCCCAAGCAGCUGCUGAUGCCCGGGCAGCCCAACAAGGGCUCUCCCAAGGCGGGGGCGGGGGGCUACAUGCAGGGGGCCGGCGGCCACCCCAACAUGCUGACCCACCCGUCCUCCGGGGGCCCUCUCAGCCACCCCCCCACGGUCAGUGCCCAGGCCGCGGCAGCCAUGCUGAGCUACAGCAACACCAAGCCCCUGUCCCACUUUGAGGCGGCGGGCUCCGGGCCGCCUGGGCCCGGGGGCGCCCCCAACGCCCAGAACAAGGCGGCUCUGCUGACCUUCAUCAGACAGCAGCAGACCAAGCAGAAGGCCCCCUUCCGGCCUCACCUGCCCCACGCACAGCAGGACCAGAACACGUACCCCCCCGCUCCGCACGGCCCCGGCCCCACCAAUGCCAUGGCAACCCUCCAGGGAGGCAGCACCAUGGCAACGCCGACCGGCGGCAACGCCAUGACGGGUAACCACGGCAACGCAUCCUACCUGAGCAACCAGGCUGCAGUGGCUGCUGCUCUCAAACAACAACAACAACAACAGCAGCAUCAACAGCAGCAGCAUCACCAGCAGCAGCAGAUGCAGAUGAUGGAGCAACAGAAGCAGUACAUGCUGGGUCAGCGCCAACUGCUGGCUGAACAGGAGAAACAGCGACAGCAGCAGGACCAACAGCUCCAGAGACACCUCACCAGGCCACCGCCCCAGUACCAGGACCAGGCCGGGCAGACCACCGGGCAGAACCCCUUCCAGCAGCAGGUCAACCCCUUCACAGCUUCCUCUCAGCCAAUGGGAGGCGUUGGCGCCAUGGGAGGCCCCGCCCCCGGGACCCAGCGCAUGUUCCCUCAGAACCAGGGCAUGAUGGGGAUGGGCCUGGGGGGCCAGGGGGGCGGGCCCGGGGCAGGCGUGGCCCCGCCCCCCGGCGCCCCCCCGGCCGACCUCAGCCUGCCGUCGUGUGGGGGCGGGGCCCUGGACGUGCAGCAGGUGCUGUACAACAGUAUGAACAUGCACCCCUCGCAGCAGGGCAGCAUUCAGAGACAGCCGCUGGGGCCCAUGAGCGCCGCCUACAGGCAGAGCCUGCUGGCGCAGCAGCAGCUGCACCUGAAGAGCCAGCCCCCCGCCGCCCUCCUCAAGCAGCAGCAGCAGCUGGCCUCCCCCCGGCUCCCCGGGGCCAUGGCGGCCGGCCUGGGGGGCCCGAUGGCCGGCGGCCCGAUGGCCGGCGGCCUGCAAAGCGUCCAGAGCCAGGGCUGGCAGCAGCAGCAGCAGCAGGCGGCCUCCAGUAACGGGGGCUUGGCGCCGGCCUUCUCCGGCCCCCCCAUCCCCUUCCAGAUGCAGCAGCCCCGCGGGGCCAAGAUGCCGUCGGGCGCGGCGCCCUUCGGGGCCCCCCCGGGUGGCCGGCCCCUGGGGCAGCAGAUGAUGCAGGCCAACAUGGCCGGCCAGCAGCCUCAGCAGCAGGCCGUCCAGGGCCAGCCCAUGCUGCCCGACCUGGGGGGCUUCGGACAGCCCCAGGGCGGCGGGCGCCAGGCGCUGCAGUGUAACCAGGGUUACCAGGUCACCCGGACGCUGAACCAGCAGCAGCAGCAGCUGUCGUUCGGCUACGGCCCGGCGGCGACCAGCGGCGGCCUGCCCAGCUUCCCGGGGGAGAGCGACCUGGUGGACUCCCUGCUGAAGGGCCAGAGCACCCAGGAGUGGAUGGACGACCUGGACGAGCUCCUCAACAGCCAGCACUGCUCGGACCCCCUCCCCUGAGCCCCCCUCUGGCCUUCGGGAGCGCAGACACUCGCGUGGUGGGGCGAGGGGGGGACUCUGGGAGGAGGCGACCCCCUUCCCGAGGAGGAGGAGGGUGACCGUCCCUCCUCCUUGUUGGAUUGUGAAUGGCUUUCAGGUUGGCCACAAGCAGCUGAAUCUCAACACUGUACAGAGGACGGGGGCUCGCGGCACGUGUCUGUCUUUUGAUUGCCGAGUGAUUGCUGCUGCCAAGUAAACCUGCUGAAGCAGCUCCUGGAGAAGGUUCUUAUCCGGUGUCAACGCCUCGAUUCUUGGAAGUAACGGGAGCAGCAAUCUUGAUUCCAACCUUUUCUUUUUCGAAAAACCAUAAGUUCGAGUUGUUUCCCCUGUGGCAUAAGAAUUAUAGUGCAUUUUCGAAAGAAAAUAUCUAGGUUCUUUGUGGGCUUGUUGGCAUACAACAUGCUAAUUGGGAUGUUAAAGCAUAGUCAUAUAGCCUAACUGUACCAUGGGUCCACGAGCCCAUUUUUUGCUAGAACACAUUUCAAUGUUUUGACUAUCUAAGAUUUCUGCUAACUUGCGAAAUCCUCGAAAGUUCCCAAAAUUGGAAAGUUUAACCUGAAACCACACUAAUCCACACUUACCAUGAUGACUAUCAUCCAAUAACAUCGCAGGGACUCGAGGGGGUUGGGAAGUGCCUUGGUGGUGCAGUAAAUGUCUCGUGACGUCAGUUUCUAUCGACUGUUUCGAAGAGACACUGCAGUCCCAGUGUAAUUAAUUGGCUCAAAUGAAUACCAAGAAUUGCCAGUUAUCUUUCAAAAAGGGGGGAUAAGAGCGAAGAUUGAACCAAUCUGCAAUGGGCACUAUUGAUUUCUUGUUGUUGCCAAUCAUGUUGUUGCCUUUUGUGAGUAGUUUCUGUAAGAAGGGCUAGGUCAGAGCUGCAUAACGGGGAAUAUAAAAAUAAAUGGCAGGGGAUAAGUAUCUGGCUCAAGGCCAGCCCAGAGUUUAGGAUGUUUAGGAGUGAGGAUACACCAUCCAUGGCUUGCUUACAACCAACUAACUGUUCAACAAUACACAACCUUUAACCAAACUGCUCCCACACGUAGACAGCACUGUGUGGCUGUUUUCUCAGAUGUAAAUAUAUCCAGUAUUAUCUGGGUUGAUGCCGCACCGGCUCUCCUGACAGGAACACGACACAAUGGGGUCAUUGUUCUGCUGCCUGAGCCACGCUGCCUCUGCGUCCAAUCACUGCCCCCCCUGAGAUGAUGCUUACCGUGAUGUCAUUCCACUGCCAAUUCUCUCACGGUUAGAAAAGUGCUAACACUAAGUUGAUCACAGAAAUAAGGAUGUCAUCAGCCCCACUCCCUGCUCCACCAGUCUCAUCCAUAUUGCUCCAACUUGGGAAAUUUCAUUUGAACGGAAGUGUCCUGAUGAAUCAUCUUUCCUGUUGCGGCUUCAAGGGAAUCAUUUUGCACCAACAACUUGUGAUGCAAUUAGGCUGUAUGUAUUCUGCAAUUCAUCAGAUACAAGGUGACUUUCGGAAUACAUUCCUAAAUGGAUAUGUAUAUCCCAUUAAUUUACUGUGAUCCCAGGAAAUUGAUGGCUAGAUAGAAUUAGGCUGCAGUAUGUGAGACAUCACUGUCUGUGUAUGGAAUAUAAAGAGAAGUUUGGUCCCAUCUUAUUUUUAAAGAUGUGAUUAAAAAGUUACCUUUCACUGUCUAAACUGACCUUGGCUUCGGUAUUCCGAACCAGCUAAGUGGUUCCUGAUUGGUGGGUUGCCCAGCUGCAGUUGCUCACAGGGACAAAGUUUGAAAAGACCCACGGAAUAAAGAAAAAAGGGGUCUAAAAAAAAGGUUACUGUACUGUCUGUGAUGGAGUUUCAUACGAUAAGAAACAUAUGCAUUGUAUUGAUUUUCACUUAACUAUUGUGUAGUAUAUUUUAAUAAUUAGUUAAUUAACAUCUGGGGCUGGUAGUGUUCAUUCUUCCAAACCGAUAGCUCCAAUGCGGCGGCCCAGGAGGGCUCGGGUCCGGAGCUGUGGUGAAUCUGGUUCUGUAUAAAUGUCUAAGUCUAUUUUUUUGUAUGUUGCCUUUCCUAAUGUUCUGGAGAAGAUAGAGGUUAUUUUUAUAUAUUGUGGCCGAGUUUUGUAAGUAUUUUAUACUUUUUAUAUGGUUCUCUGUAAGACAAGAGUAUUAUGUAAAUAUAGUUUAUAGAAAUUGA